CAUAUAUGGAUACAAUACUCCGAGGGAAGCCUCUGACCAUUGUUAUAGUGUCACGGUAACGAAAAUGGCGGCGUUUUUGUUCUGGAAUUAUUGACAGAUGAGUAACGUAAAACGUCUUAGAAAGUGGGAAAAUGAACGGUUAGAAGGCUUUGUUCAAAAGGUUCCGAGCUAUUUCCUGUUUUUGAUUUUAGAUUAUUUUCCUGCGGUUUUUUCGUGGAAGAGAACAAGGUGCACAGCCUUGAAAUGGACGAAGUUUUGGGCGGUCACGCCGUUGUCUCAGGUAGGCCUCCAAAAAUUCCAAUGGCGCAUUCUAAAAGACAUUCUCUACAGUCUGGAGACUCAAUAACUAAGUUCAACAAGCUAAAAAAGCAUGCAAGCCAACCAAAGCUUCGAAAAGAUGUCCUCAGUGGAUCACUGGAAUGCUUAAACUUGGACAGCUCACGAAGAUAUUCCAGUUUAGCGCAACUCAAUGUACAGUCACUGAAGGCAAGUGCAAAAACUUUGAGUGCCAGUAAUCUAGCCGCUAUUUCAGACUCCAAUCUUUCCUUAAAGGAAGCAAUGCCGCUGCGAAGCUAUGAUCAACCGAACUCGUCCUUUGCCGACGCUAAGAGCCAUUUUGAAGAGCUGGUUAAAUGUUAUUUUCGACAGCUCACGAAAGGUUGUGGAGACGAGAGCUGUCAAAACAAAUUUUGUGUCUCCAGCAAGGGGGGAGUCAAGCUCGCCCCAGAUGUGGCUGGUAUCAUGAGUAUUGAAUUAGCCACAAGAAACAAACAAUACAUUUGUACUCUCAGCAAUCAAAAAACAGGUCCUUUGCCGGCCAAGCUGUUUGAAGGGGAACCAAACAAACCCAGGCCUUUUCUGCACUGUUUAUUUUCAACCACUCCAUUCCAAACACUAUUCCAACCAUUUUCGCAGAGGAGACAUUCAGAAAAGGGUUCGAACUUUCCGACCAAUUUGAUUAAAUCAAAGAAAAUUUAUGAAAAUCAAAUAUCAGGAUCCUGGAAUAUAGUUGAAACUGAAGUUAAGGCUGGUGAUGCGGACAAAGAAAUACUUGUUGCAUCUGGUGAUAAAUCUGUAGUUGUUGAGGAAAUUGGUAAGAAAGGAACUCAUUUGCAAACAGAUGAAGUCAAAGAGGCUCCAAAAAGACAUGUUUUUAAUCUUGACACAGAAUUUUCCAAAGUGAAUCUGUCAGGUAACCUUAUGACUGAUCAUGCCCUUCCUGGAAUGCCGCCAGAGUUGUUCAGCUCAAAUAGCUCGUUAAAUGAUAUUGUAGACUUGGAAGAGUUUGAAAAAGAGUGUGCCCUUGAAAUGUCAUCUGGUCACAUUCAGGAGUUCUCAUUAACUCAUCUAACACUACCAAUGCUGGAAUCUUCAGCGGAAAACUAUAAUCAGUGUAAAGAUGCAGCUUUUCUCAUUAACACCAUCAGGACAGUGUUUACUUCAUCUGAAGCUCUGAAUGACAGUUUUAGAACAGCUAAUGGGGAACAUCACAAUUCUCUGGAUGUUCCUGCUGUAAGAGAAGCAUACAAACUCCUUUUGAGUUUAGAGCCUCAGAAUACAUUUGUUCAGCCACUUCUGAAUUCCCUUGAGAUUCACCUCACAACCUUGAGCUCUUUGGUUUUAAAUCCAGACGGAGUGGCACAGCUGGUCAUUUUGAUAGAGAAUCCACUUGUACAAGACUCUCAAGCCCUCUUAUGGAAAAUGUGCUUGGUGUUAAGUAAUCUAUCAGUUGAUUCAAGGAAGGCCUUGAUCAAGAUUUUAUCCUGUUAUGAUGUAGAUUCCUUCAAGCACCUCCUUAAGGUUUUCCAGACAUAUCUGAGCAGUCUGAUUUCACCAGGCCAGUGUAGCAAGCCACGUUUGCUAGAAGCAUGUAAAACUUUAGCCAUACUCUAUGACACCUGCUAUCAACUCAACAAGAAAAGAAAAGAGGAAUUUGUUCCUCUUUCUGACUUUUACAAUGAAGAUCUCUCAUUGAAAAUGGAUUUCAAGAAAGAAUAUGAGCACUGGAGAACCUUGCGGGAAUCUAACAGAUCGCAAAGUGGUCAAAAAUUAUCCCUUCUUGAUUAUCCAUUUCUAUUUGACCCAACUUCAAAGGUGAGAGUCCUUAAAAUUGAUGCUGUAUCACAGAUGAGAGUGGAAUAUCAAAAUGCAAUUGUCCAUCAGGCCCGUGUGCAACAAGCACAGAGACUAUGGGAAGAGGCACAGAAGAAAACCAAUGAGUUGGAAGAUGCUGUCAAAUCUGCCAUGUGUCCAUUUCUUGUUCUGGAAGUUCGCCGAGAUAGUUUGAUUGAGGACACAUUAAAUCAGAUCAACCUCAAGGAAUUUGACUUGAAAAAACCACUGAAGAUAAAGUACGUUGGUGGAGGAGAACAAGGGCUGGAUAUGGGAGGACUGCAGAAAGAAUUCUUUCACAUGAUUGUCGAAGCUAUCUUUGAUCCUGGCUAUGGGAUGUUCACUAACAUUAACGAAACACAUUGUGUUUGGCUAAACAGCUCCUCUCUUGAAUCAGAGAAGGAAUUUGAGCUGGUUGGAAUUCUUCUUGGCUUGGCAAUCUACAAUGGCAUCAUAUUAGAUGUGCAUUUUCCUCCUGUGAUUUACAAGAAGCUUCAAGGAGAGAAACUGGACUUACUUGAUUUAAAGAGCAUACAGCCUUCUCUCGCCAGAAGCUUAGGGGAGUUACUGCAGUUCGAGGGUGAUGUGGAAGACACAUUUUGCUAUACUUUCCAGGUUUCUUCAAGUGAGUUCGGAAAUCUUCAAAGUAUAGAACUUCUACCAAACGGCGAAAACAUCUUUGUAACGAACAGCAACAGAGAGCAGUUUGUCUCACUGUAUGUCAAUCACCUUCUUGUCAAAUGUGUUGAGAGGCAGUUCGGGGCAUUUUCACGAGGAUUUCAUAAGGUAUGUGGAGGCGAAGUGCUGACUCUAUUCCGUCCUGACGAGCUGGAACUUCUGAUCUGUGGGUGCCCUGUGAUUGAUUUCUACGAGCUUGAAGUAGCAGCCACUUACGAAGACGGUUACAACCACAGUCAUCCCACAAUCACAAUGCUGUGGAAAGUUGUUAAUGAGAUGACUCUGGAACAGAAGAAAGCGUUUCUCAUGUUUGUCACUGGUAGUGAUAGAGUGCCUCUCAAAGGGCUGGUUAAUUUCACUUUUAUUGUGCAGCGCCAUGGAGAAGAUUCUGACAGACUUCCGGCAGCUUUAACGUGUUUUAACAGGCUUCUGUUGCCUGAGUACAGCACUAGAGUGAAGCUGAAGGAGCGGUUGAUUGUGGCGAUUGAAAAUUGCAAAGGUUUUGGACUGACUUAGAUUUCAUAA